AUGGGGGGCGGGGAGGGGGGAGGGGCGGCGGCCGCGACCAUCUCCCCCUCGGAUCUCCGCCGAGACCUGGCUCGGGGAGGUGGGGGGAGGGACGAGUGCCGGGGUCCCCCCAAAACCCUCCUGUCCGGGUCCAGAGACCCCCCGGAUAAUUUCUCCGUGUUCGUCGCGUUGCAUUUGGUCCGUUUCUCUGCCCACGGUGUCCGGGGGAAGAAGGCCCGGGCCUCGGCCUUCACCUCCCCCGGCCACGAUGGGAAGGGCCCCUGGCUGGGUCCUGAGCAGGGGCAGUGGGGGAGGGUUGGAGCUCCAGGUUUUCCUCAGGGGUCUCGGUUGCUGCAGCCGGUGGGGGCUGAUCUUGGGGCCGGAGGUGCCAGGAGUGCCCGGAAGGCAGCGAGGGCGAUGGGGCUCAGAGUGGACGAGGCCGUAGUGCUGGCCCUCCUGCUGGGGACCACUGCCAUGGCCAAGAUCUACGGCCGCUGCGAGCUGGCCCGGCAGCUGGAGAUAGGUGGAUUGGACGGCUUCCAGAGCUACAGCCUGGGGGACUGGCUGUGCCUGGCUUUCUAUGCCAGCGGCUUCGAUACGGCCGCAGUGGACCACAAUCUGGACGGCAGCAAAGACUACGGCAUCUUCCAGCUGAGCUCCUCUUGGUGGUGUGAGAAUGAGGAGACUCCCACACAGAACCUGUGCCACCUAGCUUGCAAGGAUUUGCUGAAUCAGAAUCUUCUGGAUGACAUCCUUUGCGUCAAGCAAGUGGUCAAGCAGCCGCCUGGGAUGAACGCCUGGAAAGACUGGGUGGACAACUGUAAAGGCCAAGACCUGUCCUUGUGGCUGAAGGACUGUGACCUGUGAGGGGGAUGGGUCUGUCUUGCAACGGUGUCUGUCCCCAGCGGUCCCUUUCCCAGCUGUUAACCCCCACAUCCCAUCGCACUCCCACUUUGACUCCUUCCCCGACCCCACCUCAACCGGUCUAGCUCAUGGUGGAAUGGGGAGAGGGCUGGGAGCUGGGUUUCAUGCUCCUUCAAGGUCAAGUGAAUGUAGAA